CCAAGAUGGCGGCCAGGCUAAUUAUGUUUUGAUGUCAGAAUGGGGAAGCUCACGUAACUCUGGUGUCUUUGCAGUGACUUUACAUGGCUUGGACUUAUUUGAACUGGAAGAUGUGGAGUGGGCUGUUACCUCCAGGACUGAAUGAAAGUGAUGUUGACUUAAGUUCUGAUGAUGGAAACGAAGCCCAUGGUUCCCUUUCGAAGGAAGAUGCAAAUGAAGAUGUUGAAAGGGUUCGGCUUCCUGAAUUGCAGGAGAAUGGACUUGAAACUAAUGCCAUCAGUGAACCUGUUGUGAUAUCAGUGACAGAUGGAGAAAACAAAUCUCAACCAUGCCCUUCUGGAGUUCCUUUAAAUAUGUGGAAUAAAUUUCUGGAGCUUCAGGAGAAGAACCGUGAAAUGAAAACCCAAGCAAAACAGGAAAACAAAGGCCGAAAAAGAAAGCGCCGGAGAAAAGAAAAACAGAAAAAGAAUGAGGAAGUGACCAAGAGUAGUCAACAGUUGGUAAAUGAAGACAAGUGGAAAGAACUUACACAAUACUUUGGAAUCAAUGAUAGAUUUGAAUCACCUGUGGAUAGCAGGGCUCCACAAAAGUCUGGCCUUGAACUUAGCAUAGAGAAGUCUGUGGCUGAAGGUGACAUUGAUAAGGCCGAGGAGCUGAGCGAUAGAUUAGCCACUCGUGAGCUUGGUGUGAAAAUUGCCAAAGCUGCUGCUUGCCGCAACUUUGUAAAAGCCAAGCAAGAAGCAGAGGCUGCCCAAGAAGCUCAAAAGAAAAAGAAGCUUGCUUGGGGAUUUGAAGCUAAGAAAAGAUGGGAAACAAAAAGCAACAUGGGAUACAUGUAAUCCAUUUUUCCAGUCAUAUACCUGUUUUUACUCGAAGAAUCUUUGUGGGUGACUUCUGAAGUAUAAACACAACCCCCAAACCAAAACCCAAUGCAUCAAAUUCCUUGUGUUUCUCUUAAUGCUGUUAAACCACACUAUCUUGUUUUGGCACUCUCUUUUAAUGUAGCAAAAAUGCUAUCUAAGUAUCAAUAUUAUGUUAAAUACAGUAUUUUCCCUCCAAAUAUGAAAACCUAAGAUAAUGCAUUGCAGAAUGCAUUUGGAAUCUGGUGGAGAACUGUCUAUAAAGUUGGAAUACAAUACUUGGUCCAAAUGUGUUCUGUGCUGCACUGCAGUUACAAUAUGUGAGUAUAAGGGGAGGGAUAAGUUUUCCUGCUGAGGUUGUACAGACUUAAUGCAGUAAGUACUAUUUUUCUGAUAGCUUGAAAGUUUGGGGGGGGGCACUCAAUAAAGAAAAGCAAAACCACCUUAUUUGUUUUAAGCCUUUAUUAUUUAUGAGCUUAAUAAAUAUAAACAGGAAAACACUGGCUGGAAAAAGUCCAUCCUCCCUCUCCUGGAAGAGUCUGGUACUGUUGCUCAUGUCCUGGUGCCAUGUUCUUCAGAAAACCUAAAAUUCCCAUUCCUUUCCUUCUCAAGAACUCAAGUUUUAAAAGUCCCAGUUUCUUAGAACAGAUAAAGUAUUGAAAUAAUGUAUCUUGAAAAAUAGCUGAAAUACAUUGUGUUGUGCAGUUAGCAGCACCCAGGAAACAAAUGCAGAUUUCACUCCAAGUCAGAUGUUUUAUGGAUCAAUUAGGAUUUUAAUGUUUAUGGUAUAAUCUUAUCACAGGAAUUGAUGAUAAUGUUUCUUCAGAAUUGUUCUCAGUGAAAAGUAAGGACACAUUCAGAACUAAUAACUUUUCUCCCUGAAGCUCUUGCAUAUAUGUUUAGUCACCACAAUGCCUGAAUUGAAUUGGUAAUGUAAAUGUCAGUUAUUGUUAACCAAGAUUAAUACGUUUCAGGCCAAAGGUAUGGUAUUAGCGUAAUGGUGAUUUACUAUGUAAGUACUUGAGGCUAAAACAACUUGCCAACAAAUAGCAAUUUGAAGUUUUACAGCACUAAUUCGAAGAGUUUAGGUUUGCAGUCCAACAUGGAAUAGUGCAUUUUUGUUCAUUAGCCCUCAGGUUGUUUGAUUCUUUUUCUUUUUUUUAGCAGAACAUCAUAUUUCUUUCAUAAAGAUGAGAGUUUGCAAUAUGGUAAUCUGCAGUUAGCUGUAAUUAGUUAUGAUGACAGAGUUGAAUACAAUUGCCAGGAUUGUAAAUCAGGGGCUAAACAGGUUUCUGCAAUAUAACAUCAUAAAUCUCACACUAUGGCUUACAAACUACAUUAGCUUUAGAAACUUUGGUGUUGAAGAAAGCAAGUGAUACCUCUGAGUAAAGUGAUUAUAAAGGUAAAUUGCAUGUUUACUUAUGUAAACAAACAAAUUACACCAUGUACCUUCAUCAAGAUUUUUCUCAUUUCUAAAUGUUUCUGUCCAAAACUUAGACAAUAUCCAGAAUGUCUGUUAUUUUUUCAUGUACCUGGCAGAUAAGUGUUGGAUACAGUUGAUUUUUCUGCUUGUUAUGUACUGAAAAGCAGAAUGAUGCUGUUAACUGUGCUGAAAACAUCAGCAGUAUUCCCUUAAACAUUUAGAAGUAACAUAUUAAAGAAAUGCUCUGUUUUCUUGUAAUAGCUGCUUUAAAUAGUAACAGUGUGUAUUAGUCAAAGAUCUUGAUCUAAUUAUAAGGAUCAGUGCUGUUUGAUAGGAGAAUGUGCUCUAAAAGAAAUCCAAAUUGUCAAAACCCAGCUAUCUGAGAACUUGCCACACUGUCACAGCAGUGCAUACUGGCCACCUGUAGUAUUUUUCAUUUCGAAUGACUAUAAUUAGUUUUAUGUUAGGCCAUUAAUAAUGUAACUAUUUAGGAAGUAUGCAGAAUAUUUGCAUUGGGUUACUUGUGUGAUGAAUUUAAAAAUUACCAAAUUUCAAGUAUUUUGAUCUAAAGUAUUUGCUUAGAAUAUUGGUUAAUUGAUAAAGCUAUACAGUGUUAAAAAAAAAUCCUGAUUAACAGUGAAAAUACCAAAGCCUAACACAGCUUUAUAGAGUUCAUCUAAAUACAUAAUAAAUAAAUGAAUGCAUAACUGUACCUUUAAUAAACAUCACCUAAAUUGCUUCUCUGAUUCUAAGAUGUCUUGCAUUCCUGACGCUUUUUUUUUUGUAAUUUUGCUCUGUGCUGUGAAUUUUGGCCAACUAAGUAAAACUGUUCUGAGAUUUCACUUUUCUUUGUUUUUAACAGAACAAUCCAAAUGCUGUUUUCAGUUAACUGAAACCUUUUUAAUCAGCUUAAAUAUAAAAACUUUUACAAUGAACUAAAUUUGAGAUGUAAUAAUAAUUCUUUUAGCAAAUAAAAAGUUUGUACUAUCUUC